UAGAAAUAAUAAUAAAUAAAACUAAAGAAGUCAAUUUUAGUGCAAUUCAAUCGCAUAAAAACGAAAGUAUAUCUACAAUUAAUUUCAAACUAAGUUCCGUCUCAAUCAUGUUUAGAAAAUUUCAAUGCAAUAGCAUACAAAAUUGAUCGAGAAUCGCAUUUAAAUAGCUGUAUCUUUUUAAUAAAGUGAAGAAAGUGACGAAUGUAACGAUACAGAUAGUGACUAUCUUUCAGCAGAUAAGCAUAAAAUUAUAUCAAAAGAUAUCUAAUCGUACAUGUAAAUGUAUGAAUCACUCUCUUGGCAUUGUGUACGGGAUCGAAGCAAAAGCUUUUCCAGCGAAUUAAAUAAAACUAUCAAUAACUGAUUGAAUAAAAAAUAAAAAAUCCGCAAUUGUGCUAACUCAAAUACUGUGAUAAAAUAAAAAUGAGCCAAGUGAGCAUCUUUAAUUUGCCAAACGAGUGCUUCUUUACAAUAAUUAAGUACAUAAAAAAGAACUGCGAGAGGGAGAGACCACUGGCAACCGACAAAAUAAAGUAUGCCGAUCUCAUUAGUUUCUUCGCUAGCUGCAAGACGUUUGGCAGUUUGCUCUGUGAAUGGGAUACGGAUAUAUACUUCAGGCUUGUGAAGUAUGUAGACCUGAAGAGCAGCAGCAUUCACAUUGACUUUGAAGAGCUGCAUAUCCGGUUAAAGAAUACCUCAGCAAAGCACAAGGAUGCCUAUUGGAGCUCCCUUAGUCUUGCCAUCAGGGACGCAGGUCAGACCGAAGUCGUACUACGCUACGCACCUGAAUCACUCCGUAGUGAUCACAUGGAAGCAAUUCACACCGUGAUAGAUCAACUCCAAAACAAGCCAAAUCUUAAAGAGUUGGACAUUUCUAUUCCGGGCUACACCCUAGAGGGUCUGGGAAGACUUCAAGGCCUCGAGACACUCCGUUUAAAUGUACGGAUGGAUAUUGAUGAUUUGGUCGAAAUCUGCCGCCUGAAUAAAAACUUGCGAGUGCUGGAAUACAAGAAUAACGAAACGGGUGGAAAGAGGCUGGCCGCGAUAGCCCCGCAUUGCGAAAAGCUGGAAGAACUCGCCAUCAAAAUGAGACCCAACAGCGAUGCAAGCGAAUACACCCCUUUGGCUACGAUUCCCAGACUGCAAAACUUAAAAAUCGCAGGCGUGCACGAGAAGGGUACUCUUCAGCCUCUGCUGAAUGGAUUUGCCAGCAAUCAGAGCAAAGUGCUCAACAGUUUGUCCAUAGAUGAUGCACCAUUGGACCAAAACGAAACGCAGGCAAUGGCCCAGAUUGAAACCUUAACGCAAGUGAAGUGUGGAUUUGACGAUCCCCAGAGCAUUGGGCUCUUGUCCCAACUGACCAAACUCGACUACUUGGAAAUACUGUCCAAACACGAGAUUUUGGAAAUAUCCAAGCAAGUUCUGAGCAUUCUAAUUGAGUCUAAGGUGGAAACGAUUAUUGAGCUAGUCAAUUUGUCAAUAUUAUACAGACCAAAAGGUGAACUUUUGCUUUACAUGAGAGAGGAGAAUGCGAAUGCCUCCGACUACAGUCCACUUUCGACUCUGCCUGGUUUGUCUUCUUAUCAAAUUCACGGAUGGCCCCAUACUGGUUCACUUAAGCCGAUUCUCAAUGGAUUCAGAAAGGCACUAACUUUGACAGACUUGUCUUUAGAAAAUAUAACAGCAGAGGAAAUCGCAGCAGUGUCUGAAAUCGCAUCCCUGAAAAGAUUGCAGUGUGGAUUUGCUGAAACACAAAACGCUGAGCUCCUAGCGCAGCUACCCGUGCUCGCUGAAUUGAUUAUUACAACUGUGCCAUCAUCCCCAGGGUCCCUCAGUGGCCUCCUGGCUGCUCUGGCUUCGAGGAAGUCGCAUACACUACAAAAGUUUCGUUUAUUAAAAGGAAAGAUCGAUCCCGUGGAGGCAAAGGAACUGGCCCGCCUGAGAUCUUUGCGAACUUUGGAGUGUCAGUUUGCUGAUCCUCUGGACAUUCAGCUCCUGUCUCAACUAACCGAACUCAAAAAGCUGUCUCUGAAUGCGAACGAAAUGUUUGGCAAGAUAUCGCCUGGAGUCCUUAGAGCUAUAAAGUCCUGCAAAAAGUUAGCUAGAACUAAGAUAGUAGCUCAUCAUAAGCAGACGUGUUCCUGUCCUGUCGACACGGCAUCGUCUGAGAUGUUUGAAAUUUUGGGGGCCUGUCAGGGUGAAAUUUACAUACAGAUCAACGACAGGAGCAUAUCGUUCAAUCGGAGAAAAAAGGAAUUGCACGUAGAGUUUGAUUUUUUUCAACAAAAUAACCUUGCGAUAGAAACUUUCGCCCGCCUUGAGUCUGUAAGUCAUAUAAAAAUAAAAGAAAACCAUGAAGCUGGCUCAUUGAGAGAGUUCUUCGCUGCCCUAGCAAUGAGAACAAAUCACGAGCUAGAGAGUCUGUCCAUAACCGACAGCUUGCUCGAUUUCAGUGAGACUACGGAAUUGGCCAAAAUUACUUCGUUGACGAGCUUCAAAAGCGACCUCUCCGAUGCACGAAGCUUUCAGCAUUUACUCCAUUUGAGCAAUUUCAAUGUCUUUGAAAAUAAAAUGGCUGGCAGACACAUCGUAUUCGAUAAGUGCACUGGGAAAUUGACCGUGGCAAACAACUGGCCUUGUAUGGCUGACUUACCUAACGCCACGGAUCUAAGCCCCUUUGCUAGCCUGCAGAAUUUGCUGCACGUAAACAUUUUUGGGCGCUUCGAAGGUGGCUCCAUGCAUAAUUUCUUCGGACAGUUGGCUGCGUGGCAAGGCGAGACUCUGCAGGAACUGACAGUGGGCAAACCUUACGAAAUGAGCAAUGCUGAUCUGACGGAAGUCAGUAGAAUGACGUCUCUCCGAACCCUGGCCUGCGGCUUAUCCCAUGUUAAGGACAUAGAAAUAGAACAGCUAGCACAUCUUUUCCAGCUGACAGUGCUGAUUGUUGAAUCCCAUCAAACGGGCUCCCUAAAGAACUUUCUUGGGAUUCUUGCCUCCAGCGAGUGCCCCACACUAGAACAUCUGGCUGUAAGGGGCGUAAGUCUCACCCCCCAAGAGGUGGCCAACGUAUCCGCUAUAAGUUCCUUAAAGCGACUCGAGUGCGCGUUCUUCAUCACAAAGGGUCUCAAUUACUUGUCCCAGCGAAAUCACAUCGAGGAUCUGGGCAUAACAACUAGGAAAGGUGAGAUGUCUCAGCUAGAUCAGGAGAUCCCAGUCAAAGAUACGUUGAGCAUUGAGGGAUUGGCCGAAUCUUUGCACCUCGAAGAGUUGGCCAUCUCCUCUGGCCCCGAAAGGGGAUCUCUAGAAGGUCUCUUCCGGGCACUUUCACUGAAGGCUACACCUAAAUUAAAGAAUUUGGUUUUAGAGCACACUUCCAUCGACCUUACAGAGGCUCGCCAGCUCGUGCAGGUUAAUUCAAUCACAAGCCUAAAGUGUGCCUUCAAAGACGAAGAAAGCUUCUCCCUUUUGGCUACCUUGUCUAAUCUUGAGAGUUUGGAAAUCACUUCGCGACAUGAAUUUACAAAUAUUUCGGAGCAUCUCCUUGACAUCUUCCGAGAAUGUCGAAAACUUAAGACUAUUGAUUUGGGAUAUACAGACUGCAACCUAUGCUUUGAGUUCCUGGAAAAUGCAGUGGACAUACUGAAAUCAGCGAGAAAUCUUUCAACACAAGGUCCAUUGGAGAUACGGAUUACCCUAUCAUCUCUUGCAUUAAAAAACAAGAUAACUGCCAUCGAUAAAACGUAUUUGAUUGUCACCGAAAAUUUCGUUGACCAUUUCGAGGACGCGAGCGAGGACGUGAGCGACAAUUAGAAAUAGUUAUCUUAGUUUUUUUAAGAAGCUAUCAUUCGCUGGCUCUACAAUUGACCAAAAUUAUUCGUCCCAUUACCCUAUGUCUAAUUUCAAAGAAUAAAAUAAAUUUUCCAAGAAUGUUGCAUACA